UCCCGCUCUGCCGGCUGCCUCUCGUGCUUGCUGCAGUGGCUUCAGCAGCCUCAGAGAAGAAGCAUCAGCCGGGAGGAGCUAUCACAUGGGGACCUGGAGCUGCUCGGCAAAGAUGCCUGUAUGAGGACACCGGAGUUCCGAAGGGUCCCCCAGUGAGAGUGCGUAGCCCCAGCCCUGGGACUGACUGGAAGCCAGGCCUCGCGCUCUUCCUCAACAGCGCCCCCCUCCGGGGGAGACAAGAAGUCAGGAAAUUCACACCAAAACUUUCCAACGGGGGCCUCGUCUGGAGCUCAGCUGGAUGGACCCUGGGAGAGGAGAGCAGAGGAUUCAGACGCGCUGAGCCACCGCCCUCCAAAGGGGCGACGGGUGGGGCCCUGGAGGAGAGGACGCGGUGAGGAAGGAGCCCGAGGCCAGCGGGCAGGUGGGGUGGGGAGCGUCCGAGGCUCCUACGUCUCUCGCCACGUCUGUCUCCGACGUCGCCACGGUCACCAGGGCCCACCCCGAGCCACCUCCCCUCAGAGAGAUGCGCUCCUGAGCCCUCGGUUUCCGGCCGGGCGCUGCGGACCAGCGACCCAGCCUCCAAGGCUGCCCACAAGAGCCCGCCCGUGGGACUCCGGCGGGAGGCGCCCGCCCCCCAGCACCGGGAAGCCUGGGCCUGGGCUGGCCACCCCAGGAUCACCGGACUAGGAUGGGGGAUGGGCCUGUGACGGGAGGUGCCCUGGGCGUCCUCUUCCGGCCCCAUGGAGUCCUCGCCCGUCCCCCAGCCGUCAGGGAACUCUUCCGCGCUGGGGAGGGCCCCUCACACCCCCGGCCCGUCCACUGCCAGUGGGGUCCCCGAGGCGGAGCUGCGGGACGUGGCUUCGGAAUCCGUGGCCCUCUUCUUCAUGCUCCUGCUGGACCUGACCGCCGUGGCCGGCAACGCCGCCGUGAUGGCCGUCAUCGCCAAGACACCCGCGCUCCGGAAAUUUGUCUUUGUCUUCCACCUCUGCCUGGUGGACCUGCUGGCCGCCCUGACCCUCAUGCCCCUGGCCAUGCUCUCCAGCUCCGCCCUCUUUGACCAUGACCUCUUUGGAGAGGUCGCCUGCCGCCUCUACUUGUUCCUGAGCGUCUGCUUCGUCAGCCUGGCCAUUCUCUCGGUGUCCGCCAUCAACGUGGAGCGCUAUUACUACGUGGUCCACCCCAUGCGCUACGAGGUGCGCAUGACGCUGGGGCUGGUGACCUCCGUGCUGGUGGGCGUGUGGGUGAAGGCCUUGGCCGUGGCUUCCGUGCCCGUGCUGGGAAGGGUCUCCCGGGAGGAGGGAGCUCCCAGCAUGCCCCCAGGUUGCUCACUCCAAUGGAGCCGCAGUGCCUACUGCCAGCUUUUCGUGGUGGUCUUUGCCGUCCUCUACUUCCUGUUGCCCCUGCUCCUCAUCCUGGUGGUCUACUGCAGCAUGUUCCGCGUGGCCCGCGUGGCUGCCAUGCAGCACGGGCCGCUGCCCACGUGGAUGGAGACGCCCCGGCAGCGCUCCGAGUCUCUCAGCAGCCGCUCCACCAUGGUCACCAGCUCGGGGGCCCACCAGACCACCCCGCACCGGACGUUUGGGGGCGGGAAGGCGGCCGUGGUCCUCCUGGCCGUGGGGGGACAGUUCCUGCUCUGUUGGUUGCCCUACUUUUCUUUCCACCUCUACGUGGCCCUGAGCGCUCAGCCCAUCUCGACCAGGCAGGUGGAGAACGUGGUGACGUGGAUCGGCUACUUCUGCUUCACCUCCAACCCUUUCUUCUACGGCUGCCUCAAUAGGCAGAUCCGGGGGGAGCUCAGCAAGCAGUUUGUCUGCUUCUUCAAGCAGGCCCCGGAGGAGGAGCUGAGGCUGCCCAGCCGGGAGGGCUCCAUCGAGGAGAACUUCCUGCAGUUCCUUCAGGGGACUGGCUGUUCCACCGAGUCCUGGGCUUCCCGGCCCCUCCCCAGCCCCAAGCAGGAGCCGGCCGCCGUGGACUUCCGAAUCCCGGGCCAGAUAGCGGAGGAGACCUCGGAGCUGCUGGAGCAGCAGCUCACCAGCGACAUCAUCACGUCCGACAGCUACCUCCGUCCUGCCCCCUCACCCCGACCCGAGUCGUGACGGGCUGCUGGACGCCCGGAGGGAGCGGGGCUGGGGGCCAGUCAGCACCGCACGGAGCACCUUGUGGGCCGCCUUUCCCCAGCGAGCCGGGGCUGGGGCUGGGGUCUGUGCACACUUAGAGCUUUCUGGGUCAGGAACAGAGCCAACAGGAUGGACAUGUGGCCAGAGCCUUGGACAUGGCUGUGACCCUUGACUCCUGGGGGAGGGAGCCUGGCGAGAUGGUGACGAGAGGAAAGGGUCACGAAGGGCCGGCCUCCCCGAUUUCUCUCACGGCGGUGACCCACCUCCAGCCCCCCAGACAACCCGGUGCAGAGACUAAGGUUGGGAACGGGUCGGGAGGGGUUUCCAUGGUCCAUUGAACAAACUAACGCCUCCCUACUCCCAGGCAUCACUCUCAAAAUUAGCUUCAGUGACAAAAAGACUUAAAUCUCUCUCCUACCUGCAGCCCUGGGGUGGAGACGGGCCACAGGAGUGGGGCUCAGCGCCCACCGAUCGACGCUGGAGGGACUGUGUUGGGUGGUGUCGGGGGCGAUGUUUUCAAGGGAGGGGGGGACUGCACCUUGGACGGCGUGUCCACCCGGGACUACUCGUCCAUCCAGCUCCCUCAGCUGAGGCGGGUAGCAGUGCAAGGUUGAGGCAGAACCGAGAGGGUGGCACACUCUGCAUUUGAACAAAUCCCUGGCUCACUGAGCAUCAGAGGGGAGGAUGGCCUGCUGGGAGUGGGACAGUUUCCCCUUGGAACAGCCAAUAAAUAAUUUUUAUUAUAAAAGUGAUAUCGAUACCAACAUCGACUCCUUCAGUUCAAUUCAGUGCACCAGUCGAAUACCCGAUAUUCUCAGGGCCCCACGUGGAGGACGGGCAGCCACUGUCUGCAAGGAGUUCAUGGUCUGAUCUGACCCAGGACCUUGUAUUUUUGCAGAGCAGUUACACGCGGGAAAGCAAUAGAGAGAGCAGUGUGAAAAAUACACCACAGAGGACGUUCCUGGUUCUAAUUUCUGAGAGCUCCGUCUGUUGCAGCCAUGGAGGUUUCCUGCAGAUCGUGGGAAAUGUGCGGGUUGUAAAAGAAACUCCAGAUGAAAAAAAAAAAAAAGUUAUUCAGUGAAACUGCUCUCCCCCUUUUAGAUCCAGGAAAAUUUCCAGGUUUUUGUCUUCCUGCCACUAGACUCACUCUAGUAAGGGGCAGCACCUAUUACAUUGAGGAAAUUCCUUAGAUACUGUAUACACCCAGGGCAGUCUUCUGUGAUUGCCAAACAUGUUCUCCCCUCGCUUCCCUUUUAAGAUAAAAUAACGGUGGAAUUUCAUUCAUAGAUAGGGGAAAAAAACUUCCAAACGCCACCGAUCUGCCUGUAGUCCCCAAGCAUUGCCGGUAGGUGGCAGUGCGAGUC